AUGCCGCCCGCGCACAUAUUCCUUGCCCGCCACAGCGAGCGGGUGGACCACAUGAACCGCGAGUUCGCCAAGACCUACAGCCGCCCGCACGACUCCCCCAUCACCGAAAACGGCGUUGUCCUGGCGGAAAAGCUGGGCGAGUACCUGGUCCGCCACUACCGCGUCGACCCCGCCGAUGUUGUCGUAAUAACCUCGCCCCUGCUGCGCUGCGUACAGACCUCCAAUGGAAUAGUGACCGGCGCCCUCCGCGCCGCGGCGGCGAGCGCGAAGGUCGACACGAUUCCGGUGUACCUGGAGCCCGCCAUCAUGGAAGGCCCGUACUGGAUGUUCGCGGACAUGUGCAACAACCCAUCCGUCGUGGAGCCGAACGACGGCCCCUUCCACUGCCCAGAUCCCGUGUACAACGACGCAGCAUUCCACCGCGCCAGCACCUCGCCGCACGUGCAGCUGCAGAAUCCAUUCCCCUUGCACCCUGCUCCGGUCUUCACAGUGGAGGACAACAAGCUUGUCGAUUCGAGCUUUCCAGAGCGGUGCGCGCAAGGCUCUAAGAGGCUGCUGGCUGUCCCAGAGCUGGAUGGCAAGACGGUGGUGCUCGUGGCGCACGGCGAGACAGUGCUGCGCGCACUGCAUGCGAUGAAGAACACGGAGAUGAAGGCGGAAUCCCACAGCCCAGCGUACACAGGGUUCGUGCACAUCACGUGCGAGGGCAGCGGGGCAGAGACACGGGUGUCUGUGGAGUACGAACGUUUUUCCACACCGCAUCUCCCUGCGGAACCGAUGGAGUCGUAG